AUGGCUUCCACCGGAUACACUAUUAUGCGCACGCCCAUCACCAACAAGGCAUUGGCCUUCACGGAGGAGCAGCGCAAGCAGCUUGGUCUGCGCGGUCUGCUGCCUGCCGCCGUGACCACGACUGAGUUCGAGACGGAGCGCGCCAUGGCCGCCAUCCGCCGCAAGACGUCGCCGAUUGAGAAGUACAUCUUCAUGCAGAGCAUGCAAAACACCAACGAGGACGUGUACUACCGUAUGCUCGUUGAGCACACACCCGAGCUUAUGCCGAUCGUGUACACGCCCACCGUCGGUCAGGGUUGCCAGGAAUUCAGUCACAACUACACUCAACACCCGCGCGGUCUUUUUAUCUCGGUAAAUGACAUUGGACAUGUCGCUGAGAUCCUCGAUAACUGGCCGGAGAAGGACAUCCGUGCCAUUUGCUUCACUGACGGUGAGCGAAUUCUUGGUCUGGGUGAUCAGGGUGCCAACGGCAUGGGUAUCCCUGUCGGCAAGCUGGCUCUGUACACGGCCUGCGCUGGCGUGCCUCCCCAGAUGUGUUUGCCUGUCGUGCUCGACUGCGGUACAAACAACGAGGAGUAUCUGGCCGACCCGUUCUAUAUUGGUCUGCGUCAGAAGCGUGUCCGUGGCGAGAAGUUCGAGCAGCUCGUGGAAGAAUUCAUGAACGCUGCUAAGGCAAAGUACGGCGACAACGUUUUGCUACAGUUCGAAGACUUUGGCAACUCCACCGCUUUCCACCUGCUGCGUAAAUACCAGAACACGCACUGCACGUUCAACGACGACAUCCAGGGCACAGCCUCGGUUGUCCUUGGUGGCCUGCUGGCGGCUGUGCCUCUGUCGGGCAAAACCAUCUCGGAGCAGACCUUCUUAUUCCUUGGCGCCGGUGAGGCCGGUACCGGUAUUGCUGAGCUGAUUGCUCAAGCUAUCGCUCAGGAGACUGGCAAGAGAGUCGAGGAGUCUCGCAAGCAGAUCUGGCUGGUGGACUCGCGCGGUCUGAUUGUCGAGUCCCGCAAGGAAUCUCUGCAGCAUCACAAGCUGCUGUUCGCCCACGACGCACCCGCAUGCCCUGACCUCGUGUCUGCCAUUGAGCAGAUCAAACCUACUGCUCUGAUCGGUGUGUGCACCAUCCCUAAGACCUUUACCAAGGAGGUGUGCGAGAAGAUGAGUGAGCUGAACGAGCGUCCUAUCAUCUUCGCUCUGAGCAACCCCACCUCCAAGGCCGAGUGCACGGCUGAGGAGGCGUACACAUUCACGAACGGCAAGUGCAUCUUCGCCAGUGGCAGUCCGUUCGACCCCGUUGUAUACAACGGCAAGCGUUACGUGCCUGGCCAGGGCAACAACUCGUACGUGUUCCCUGGUAUUGGUUUGGGUGUCGUUGCGGCUGGUCUGACUCACGUAAACGACGAGAUCAUGAUAAUUGCCGCCAAGACGCUGGCUGGCCUCACGACCCCCGCUGAUCUGGAGACUGGCUGCGUCUACCCGCCGCUCUCCAACAUCCGCAGCGUGUCGCUGAAGAUUGCUGAGGCUGUGGCUGAGUAUGGCUAUGAGCAGGGCUUCGCCAAGGUCCCAAGGCCGGAGAAGCUGACCCAGUACCUGGCGGACUUCAUGUACAAUCCAUAA